AUGAAAGUCUGCAGUUUUAGCCAGAACUUCAUCUCAUCCACGAUUCCCGUCUCGUCUGAACCCUUAACAUCGACGAUAUUAUAUCUCACGACUGGGACCAAUAUCGACGAUAUUCUUACUAUAUCUCACGACUGGGACCAACAUCGGCGAUAUUCUUACUAUAUCUCACGACUGGGACCAAUAUCGACCAUAUUCUUACUAUAUCUCACGACUGGGACCAAUAUCGACCAUAUUCUUACUAUAUAUCACAACUGGGACCAAUAUCGACGAUAUUCUUACUAUAUCUCACGACUGGGACCAAUAUCGACGAUAUUCUUACUAUAUCUCACGACUGGGACCAAUAUCGACGAUAUUCUUACUAUAUCUCACGACUGGGACCAACAUCGACGAUAUUCUUACUAUAUCUCACGACUGGGACCAAUAUCGACCAUAUUCUUACUAUAUCUCACGACUGGGACCAAUAUCGACCAUAUUCUUACUAUUUAUCACAACUGGGACCAAUAUCGACGAUAUUCUUACUAUAUCUCACGACUGGGACCAACAUCGGCGAUAUUCUUACUAUAUCUCACGACUGGGACCAAUAUCGGCGAUAUUCUUACUAUAUCUCACGACUGGGACCAAUAUCGACGAUAUUCUUACUAUAUCUCACGACUGGGACCAAUAUCGACGAUAUUCUUACUAUAUCUCACGACUGGGACCAAUAUCGGCGAUAUUCUUACUAUAUCUCACGACUGGGACCAAUAUCGACGAUAUUCUUACUAUAUCUCACGACUGGGACCAACAUCGGCGAUAUUCUUACUAUAUCACACGACUGGGACCAAUAUCGGCGAUAUUCUUACUAUAUCUCACGACUGGGACCAAUAUCGACGAUAUUCUUACUAUAUCUCACGACUGGGACCAAUAUCGGCGAUAUUCUUACUAUAUCUCACGACUGGGACCAAUAUCGACGAUAUUCUUACUAUAUCUCACGACUGGGACCAACAUGGCGAUAUUCUUACUAUAUCUCACGACUGGGACCAAUAUCGACGAUAUUCUUACUAUAUCUCACGACUGGGACCAACAUGGCGAUAUUCUCACUAUAUAUCACAACUGGGACUUUAG